AUGAAACUCGUUUUGGUAGGGUCCCAGUUAUGACCAGGGGCAAGUAUCUACAAGGACAAUGGAUGUGUGAUAUCUACGAAAUUACUGAAAUUCGUCAUCCUUUUGACCACCUCUCACUUCUAAAAUCGAUCACUUUUGAAAUCUGGAAAUUGUUUUGACAAUAAAAAGUCAGUGACAGUGUUCUCGAGAUCCAGUGCUGUGCCUUGAGAGAAGACUAAUCUUCCCCAUCACCAAGUCCAAGCUGCAGCUGAGUUAUGUCAGCUGUCGCCUUCCUUAAAUUGGCCAGGUCUGGUGGACUCCACGUACGAAGGCGGGCUCUGUUGACCACCAGGGGCCAGAAAGGAGAUCGGCGCCUCUUCCACUGCCUCUUUUCGUCCAGGAGAAGCAACUCCAGGUUUGACCCAGACGGGAGUGGGCGUCCCACCACCUGGGACAAUUUCGGGAUCUGGGACAACCGCAUCGAUGAACCCAUACUCCUCCCUCCCAGCAUCAAAUAUGGCAUGCCCAUCCCCAAAGUCAGCCUGUCCAAAGUGGGCUGCGCCUCUCUGAUUGGCCAGCGCAAGGAGAAUGAAGACCGCUUGCAGGUCUCCCAGAUGACCAACAACAUUCUGUAUUUUGCCGUGUUCGAUGGGCAUGGGGGACCACAAGCUGCCGACUUCUGUGACAAAUACAUGGAAAAGUACAUCAAAGAUCUUGUAGCAGAGCAAUCCGAUCUGGAGCUGGUUUUAACAAAAGCAUUCCUGGAAAUCGACAAGGCACUGGCGAGACAUAUACACUUUUCUGGCAAUGCCUCCCUCUUGAGCUCUGGCACCACCGCCACCGUGGCCCUGCUGAGGGACGGCAUCGAGCUGGUGGUGGCCAGUGUGGGGGACAGCCGGGCCCUGCUUUGUCGCAAGGGGAAAGCCUUCAAGUUGACCGUGGACCACACCCCGGAGAGGAAAGAUGAGAAGGAGAGGAUAAAGAAGAGUGGUGGCUUUGUGACCUGGAACAGUGUGGGCCAGGCCAACGUCAAUGGAAGAUUAGCCAUGACACGAAGCAUUGGAGACUUUGACCUGAAGACCAGAGGUGUCAUAGCUGAACCAGAGACAAAGAGGAUUACCCUGCAUCAUGCGCAUGACGCCUUCCUGGCUCUGACUUCAGAUGGGGUCAACUUCAUCAUGAACAGCCAGGAGAUCUGUGAUGUCAUUAAUCAGUGUCAGGACCCUAAAGAAGCUGCUCAGCUGAUCUCAGAACAGGCACUUCAGUACGGAUCGGAGGAUAACAGCACCCUCAUUGUGGUGCCGUUCGGAGCCUGGGGGAAGCAGAAGAGCUCUGAGAACAGCUACUCCUUCAGCCGAAGCUUUGUGUCCAGUGGGCGCUGGGCCUAGCGAGUCAGGCUGGGAGCUGGACUUCAACCGAUGUGCAAUAGCUUGUGACACAGGGUGCCCCCUUUAGGACACUGGAGGGAAGCACAACCAUACGUUCUUCACCAGAUAUCAGGAAGCACACUUUUGUGAAUGUUGGGGGAAAACCUGUAGGAAUGCCUUCAAGCGCCAAAGUACAGUCUGUGCAUGAGUAAUGGAAAGGAACAGUUCCAAUUAACAUAUACGGUUUUAUCACUAGGUGCUAUUUAGGAGCAGCCACAUUAUUUUUUGAAAAGGGCGCUGAGUCACUUUCCAGAAAGUGAAUAUUUUACCUAUAUAUUAUAAUGUGGUUGCUGUCUAGAAGCUAUUUGUUCUGCAUGUCCUGCAAAUGUUUUGGUGAGGAACUUUAAUGCACUUUCCCCCCUGAUGAUUUUGAUCAGCGUGUGAAAUGGUAUUACACUGAUCUGUAAGCCUUCAGUACCUCGUUAGCAGUGUGAGUGAGUUGCCCGUCUGAGAUGACUGGGUUCUGCAGCUUGAUGUACUUUAAAGUUGUGGUAUAUUCAUGCACUGAAGACGUUCCCUCAGCUUUGCAUAGGUCAUUGAGUAUGGCAAUGUAUGAAAAUCAGAGUAUGGAUAUUCUGCAUGUCAGUUGAAUCGUUUGGAGAGAAUAGCAAUUCUCUGAAUUUGGGUUUGUCCACAUCGACACUUGUAGUUUGAAUGCAGUUUGGAUUGUCAUGCACGUCUGCUUUGGUGGGACUCGGGGGAGAAUGUUUAAGCGGUUUGAUAAUGUCUACUUCUACAUGCAUUCCAAAACCUAAUGGGCAGUUAGGCAAACAAACAAACCACUUUUAAAAAGCACACAGCUGACAUGUAAGGUCUUCAUAGACUGAACGAUUGGGUCUUAUUUGUAGAAUCAAGGGCAAUUUGUUAGUUACAAGAAAUUGUGUAAUCUUCUCUAAACCAACACUUCUUGAGGAAAAAUGUACCACAGAUCUAUUUUGUUCUUUGUAGAUGUUGUUGUUUAAUAUAAAUUGUAUAUAUUACUGUUUAUAUAUUUUGUCUGUUUGGCAAAAUGCUGCUGUUUAAAUGUAUUUAUUAUACAUACAGUAUAUAACUUAUAUGAGGUUUCGUCGGUUAAUAUGAGGUUUCGUCGGUGAUGCUUUGGUUCUCAAAAGCAGAGCUAUUUUUAUGUUCUGGAUGUUCUGGAUUUUAAUGUUACUUCAUCAAAGGUUUUCCCAAAACUGAUUGUCUGUGGCAUCAUACCUGCUACAUUUGAUAACAAAUGGUGAUGAUUUGCACUCCAUUCAGUAGCCGUGCAUGGCAGAAUUCUGUUAUAAAUGCCUUUGGGUAACAGUUCUCUCAUUAAUGCUUCUGGUUGAAGUGUGGAUGCUUUAACGUAGCUAAAUUAGCUUUGUUCAGUACUGUGAUUUGAGCCAUUGUAUUACUGGUAUUAUGUAGGUUGUACAUUUAUAAUCUGCACUGAUGUUGUGGAUGCUUCAUCCAGCUGCCCAAGGGGACAAUAUAGUGUGUGAGUGUUGAUUGAGUGGUUUUAUUUUAUUUGUUGGGCACAUUGACAGCCAAAUAGUACUGUAUCAUUACGAAUAAAAACUUUAGUUUUCGCUACAACGCAUUUGGACUACAGCUUUUGGAAAUUGAAUUAAAAUGUGUAGCAUGACAAACUGCAGUUAGACUUGAAUAGAUUGAGGCCUUGCUUUAGCUUGCUUAAUUGAAUUGCUUUUUAAAGGUAAGAUCUUAUUUUGUUUUGCUCUGUAGGCAUUUCCAUUCUGAGACCUUAGCGUUGGAAAGACAAAUUGGGGGCAUAAGUAUAUCUUCCAUGUUUUAUCAUUGGUAGGAAGUAUUUUCGAAUGUUUUUAUGCUGUUUUGUCCUCAUAUAAUUUGUUCAAAAUCAGCUUUUAAUGGUAAUGGGGAAAAUAUACUCAAAACGUUUAUGAAUUAUGAUUAGCAGGCAAAAAUUAACCAGUACUCAAAUUUCUGAGAUCCUAUUUUAACUCAAAUUAAUCUGCAGACUAAACUUAAUAAACAUUAAUUAAACAUGAUGGCAUCACAGCAGACUUGAAUGAUGAUCUGCACCAUUUUAUUUCAUGUUGUGCAUCAGCUCACAGUUUUUAGCUUGAAAAUGUCUUCCUAGAAUGAUGGUUCACACAGACGGGGCUGAUCUUAACUACUGUUCAUUUCAAAUGCGUGAACAGAAAGUUAACCUUUCCAAAAAGAUAUAUUUUGAUUCUAAAUAUGUAUGGUGAUACAAAAAUGUGUGCGUGAAAUCACAUGGGCUGGAUUUAAUUUUCUGUAAUUGAAAAUGUCAUUGAGUUAACUUUAAAACUUGUCUCCCAUGCUUGCAAUUAUGCAAUUUUGUCCGCCACCCAUAUGGUGUCAGAAGUACUAUAAAAGACAUGACCAACGGUUUCCCAUUUCCCCUCAAAUGUGUACUCAACUGUAUGUCAUACACAAAAUACACAGUGGUAACGGCGAAGGCCAGCUUAUGUUCCUCAUUUGUGCUUUACUGUGACAGAUCUUUUAGGUUUUUAUCUGUGUCACAAUCUGAACUUGGCUGCAGCCGUUCAACUGUAUGUGAGCUCUGUUGUCUCAACAGAAUGCAACUUCCUGUUUCCCACAAUAAUAUUUUGUACAUAAUGUAUGAUUAGUUAACAAGCUCUCUGAAUUAAAAAAAAUUCCCCACACUUGAA